AGAAGAAGAACGAUUUACAGCUUCGAGAAAAUGUCUGAGUACGCUGCGGUCCAGAAGAGUGGCCUGAAAUUAAAAGGUAUCGGGAGCAUUUCAGCAGGAAAAAGGAAGAAGAAGAAGGAUAAAGAGACUAAACUUCGCUUGGAGCAGCUUGCCAACAGUCAAAACGACGAGGAGGAGAAAUCCCAAAACUCAUAUAUUGACAAAAGAACACAGGCACAGGUUGCUUUUGACAAGAUGCAAGAGAAGAGGCAAAUGGAGAGGAUUUUGAAAAAAGCCUCACAGACACACAAACUCAGGGUGGAGGAUUUCAACCGCCACCUGGACACUCUGACGGAGCAUUAUGAUAUCCCCAAGGUCAGCUGGACCAAAUAGAAGACGAGCAAUUGGUCUUUGUUUUCGACUUGCCCAUCACAUUUUAGAUUUAACAUAUGAAAUCCUUCAAUUGGCAUUCAGUCGCCUGUUUCUAAUUCAUGGUGUAUACAAUAAAGGAUUUAAGUAAACGCAAA